UCUAUGGUAAUACGGACACAAGCUGGACAUCACUAUUAAAAACAAAACAGAAAAAAAAUUGAAGUAAAGGAUCGUUCAAGAUGGCGAACCUAACUUCAAUUUGUUAAAAAAUCUGAGUAUAAUAGUGUUUCCUAAGUACUAAUUUAAGAUAUUUUUUAUGUCUGAAUUCAUUUCCAAAUAUUAUUUGUGCGUAACAAAUAAGUAAAAUAGUUAGAACGUUAUAUCUGUGAAUGAAUAUCAACUUUCACAAUGAGCGAAAUUGCCAACAGUGAAGGAGCUUCAGAGUCGGAGAAGCCGGUUUCAAAUGACGGUGUAAUAUUCCCGCCUUUCCCAGAUCCCAAUGAUGAUGACUUUGAUGAUGAUAUUGAGGAAGAAGAGAGAAGUCACUACAAAACGGUUUUUAAAGACCUCAACUCUUUAAAAACUAUGAAAUUACAUUGUACAGCUUGUGAUCGUCAUCUAGGAUGUGCAGCACGCAAUGAAUCCCGUAUGCGUGCUCAUCCAAUGCUUCGCACUCUCGUCUGCCAUACUUGUCACAUUUUCUACAACAGUGGAGAAUUUGAGAAGGGUGAUGAUGGCUCUGAGCUGUAUUGUAGAUGGUGUGGUCAAGGUGGACAAGUUUAUUGUUGUUCUGACUGCCCUCAUGUGUUUUGUGCGAAAUGUGUCAAGCGUAAUUUUGGAAUAUCAAAAGCCAAAGAAAUUGAAAAUGUAGACGAUUGGAAAUGUUUUAAAUGCAAUAACAAAUGUCUGUGGGACCUCCGUGCACUAUGUUGGGCAGUUUUACGUUACUGUGACCUCAAAAAUAAAAUGGCACACCAAGCUCAAGAUCCAGAAUUAAAAGAAGCAUAUAAAAAGGAUUGCUCCGUAGACUAUUCUGAAUGUUGCAAAAACAAAUCAAAGAGAAAUCAGAAAACAGAAACUACGAAACGGAAGGAAAUCAAAAAGGAAUCAGAUGUAAAGUCAAACACAGAUGCAAAGGCUACUUCUAAUAUAAUAUCUAAAAUUUCACCAACUAUACAGGUCAAAAAAUUUGCUUCUGUAAAUAUGGACGAUAUAAAGCAAGAAAAAAAGGCUCAAAAGAGAUCUAUAAGUCCCAAAAACAAAGCAGUUUUAGUAAAAACUCCAAUAAAUAUUGCACCAAAUACAAAGAUACUGAACUCUGUUAGUAUGCCAUCUCUUCCCAAAAGGAUGAAGUUGCCUCCAUUAUUAGUGAAUAGUGCUAUAAGAGUUAUAAAUGACCGGAACAAGCCGAUAACCUAUACUCGCAUUAAGCCUAAAGCACCUCAAACAGUGAUUGGUAACUUCAAUGGUUUUAAUCCAACUAUCUACACUGCUGAUAAUAUUAAUUUAUCAUUGGAAAAUCUAACUCAGGGAUUAGACAUGACAAAUAUGGCUAAUUUAAGCGGUAAUUCACAAGACGACGACGUUGUAUGCACUCCAGACUUCCCACUGGAGCCUUUGUGUGAGGUUACUGAGGACAAUGAUGAUGAUGUGCAGUGCAUUACGCCGGGUCCUGUUGUUCCACCAAAGCUAAGCAACCCUCCUCCUUUAGUACCACGCACAUUAAAUAAUCCUCCAGAUGUAACAUCAGAUAAUGUUGUUCAAAUGACUGAUAACGAUGUUACCGUAAACACAGCCACAGGUGGAUUGAAAUUCCGUGUGGACCCUCAAACUUUAUCAUCAAAUAAGAUGUAUCGCCUACCGGAUGGCCGCAUAUUUGCUAUUAAUUCAAAUCCUGCUAUGCCAGGCGGAUAUUCCGCUACUAUAGUAGCAGUCGCCGAAGCAACUGGUAAAACGAUAUCGAAAGGCGCCACAUACGCAGCUAAACUUAGCUCGGUCGCUCCUUCACCUGUAGUGACUCCCAAAGCAAGCCGGAAUGUACCUCGCAUUUUAAAACGUAGCACACCAAAAGCUACUAUUUCCAAAAUAAAAACCCCCGAUAAACCAUCUUCUAGACGUUGCGAUUUAAAUGUUCCAGUAGAAUGGUAUAGAUACAAUUUAGUUGAUGCAGUUGAUACUUUGGAAUAUGCUCUCUCUAGACUUAAUAAAUUGAAAAAAGAAGCUACGACUGUCUUCUUACGUACUCGAACAGUUGAUGAAAUGCGGACUAUUCAUAGAAGUUUAGAGAGGUUGCUGAAUACGUCAUCUAGUAGAUUUACUGAAAUUCGUGAAAAUCUAAAUAAGGGUUUAAAACAGUAUCUUACACGGAAGUCAGGUGGUAACAGUGAAGAUGACGAUGACGUCGAAAUAUUACCAGAUAUGGAAGUUAAUGAUGAUCCUAUAUUUAUAGACGAAAAUUCUGUCGAAUCUAUUAAUGGUUCUGAAAACCAAGAGGUAGAUUUAACAAGUGUUGGUAGUGAAUACAAUGAUAGUGAAGAGAAUAAUAAAAGUGAUAACUUUUCUAAAAGUAUAACCGAUCCUUUAAAUGACAAUGACCCUAUUGAACAUAAUGAUGCACUAGCAGUUAUAAGUCACAAAAAUAACUGUGUGGAUGUCCCAGUCAAUGCAAUUAACAUAAAAAGCAGUGCAAACAAUAAAGGAUUGAGUAGUGGCAUAGUUAAAGAAACUGAAAAAGACUUGAGAGAGGAAAAUGAAACUAAAAAUAAUGUUCAGGACAAUGCCACUAUGGAUAUUAGUGAAAACGAACCUGAAAAGGACAUUCAAGAACAGAGUAGUACUGUAACUGAUGUUCCUGUUACUAAAACAGAAAAUGACAUAGUGAAUAAAAAAGAUAACAUUGAUAUAGAUGAAGAAACUGACUCCAAUGCAGACACAAUUAAAACUGACAAUAUAGACAAGGAAGAUACACUACCGACCAGCAACAAUUUGGAAUGUACAGAAAAAUCUGCUGAAAGAAAUGGUCUACAAAAUGAAGAUGAGGAUGAAAAGAAUUCAAAUAAGGUAGCUGAAGAAAAGGAUGAUGGUAUAAAUAAUAAUGAUUUAAAUGAUAAGGCUGAUACUCAAGAUAGUGAUGAUAGAUUGCAUGAUACGGAAAUGAGUGAAGAGAUGAUUGAAACAUUGUUGAAAGAUGAUAUAGGAGAUGAACAGGGAUCCACUUUGAAAACUGAAGAUUCUUCAGAAAUAUUAGAAGAAACUUAAAUAACUUUUUAUAUCCUAUAUUAGAUAAGUUAUAUUACACUAAAUAUGCAUAAGCUAGGUAGAUAAGUACAUAAAUAAAACUGGUCAAAAUUUUAAUACUUCUCUAAACUUGUUAACCAAUGUCAAUGUAAAUAUUUAAAACAAUUAUAAAGUAUUUAUUUGGGAAAUAUAUAUUAUUCAGAUGGACAGAUUUGAGAGAGGAUUUUUUAUUAUCAAAAUAUAUGACAUUUUUAAACGUAUCUUGGAUCUGAAAUUCAUUGUGCAGAUAACAACAUAAAUUUUUAGUGAAAUGUAAUUAUUUCUUUCAAUUGGCUGCUUAUAAUAGUGAACCAUAGCUAUAACCGAAAUCUGAAUAGAAUUGAAAUAUUGUUAUUUGAUUGAGAAGAAAUUUAGUUUGAGUGUGUUUUUCUAUGUGGCACUUUUUGGAUAGUAUAAAAAGUGUUGGAGUCAGUUAGCAGUUUAUAAACACUUUCGAUUUUCGACGAAUUCAAACAAAGUUCUAACAUUAAUACAAGUUAAAAAUUAAAUUAAAACAGAUUGGGUGCUGUUGUCGAAUUGUAUGUAAGCAUGCACAUCGUUAUUGUCAACAGGAUUAACUUAUUGAAUACUCAAAUAUUUGACAGAAACAGUAAUGUAAUGCAGUCAAUAACGUCAGAUAAUAUGGAUACUACUUUACUGUAGGUAUCUGAAUAUUGUUCAGACUCCUCAGGAAAAAUUCCGAACUUUAUGCAACUAAAUAGUGUACAUCUUAUAAAUAUCGCAUGUUAUUAUUGAAUAUAUUCUGAUUGAGAAACUAAGGCGAUGCAGUGUGUAAACAUAUUCUUGUUAUUGUCUAAUAAUAUCCAAGAAGUCAAGAAAAUUAUAUCAACUGUUCCUCUUAACCCUCUGCAACUGACGUGGUUAAAUUAUUAAAAUUCAACUGAGGUGUAUAUUAUACCAGACACCAUUUCA